AGGGGGAUCCCCAGGACCCACGGGACCCCCAGCAGCCCUGACAAGGGGGACCCCCAGAACCCCAAAGUAAGGAGACUGGAAAGGGGGAACUCCUGGAGGCUUUUUUUGGACUCACUGUCAAUUUUUUGUUGGUUUUCUGGACACCGGUGACUUCUAGAGAUGGACUUGGGCAGGAGGAACCCCCAACCCAACACACUCAUCCCUUGUUUCUCCCCAAACAGGAUUUCCCAUUCCCAACCCUUGGCCAGAUGGAGGAGGAGGCUGUGAGGAAGAGGAAGAUGCCCCGGGAGCCCCAGGCAGACAAGGAGCUGAGCACGGAGCCCAGGGAGGACAAAUCCCCGUGGCAGAACCUGGUGGAAGAGGCCAUUUUGAGCGGCUCCAUGGCACAGGAAUCCAACGGGGAGGAAAAGCCCCAGAGGUCCUGCAGGAGGAGGGGCUGCAAACGCAGCCCUGGGUGCUCUGAGGAGGUAAGACCCACCCUGUGCGGGGAAGGCGGCUGGAGAUCCAGCCAGAGCUCGGACCUGGUGGUUCAUGAGCAGCUUCACGAUGGGGAGAAGCCCUAUAAGUGUGGGGAAUGUGGGAAGAGCUUCAGAUGGAGCUCCCACCUGAUCCGCCACCAGCACAUCCACACCGGGGAGAGGCCCUACGAGUGUGGGGAAUGUGGGAAGAACUUCACAGACAGCUCCCACCUGAUCCGCCACCGGCGCAUCCACACCGGGGAGAGGCCCUACGAGUGUCCCGAGUGUGGGAAGAGCUUCUCACAGAGCUCCGCCUUCAUCGUCCACCAGCGCAUUCACACAGGAGAGAGGCCCUACGAGUGUUCAGAGUGUGGGAAGAGGUUUCAGACCAGCUCCUAUCUCCUCCUGCACCAGCGGAUUCACACAGAGGAGAGGCCCUUCCGCUGCUCUGUGUGCCGGAGGGGCUUCAGGUACAACUCCCACCUCGUCAGGCACCGGCGCAUCCACACCGGGGAGAGGCCCUACGAGUGUCCCCAGUGUGGGAAGAGCUUCUCCAGGAGCUCAGCCUUGACCAGACACCAACGGAGGCACCCCUAAUGGAAGCCCUGCAAGUGCCCCGACUGUGGGAAGAGCUUUGUCCUCUGCUCCAACUCCAUCUGCCAUCAGAGGACCCACGUUGGGAAGAGCCCUGGUGACCCACAUUCCCUGUGAUCCGUGUUGGGAAGACCCCUGGCUGGUGCUCUCCACGUUCUCCUGGAUCCCCGUAGGCACCUGGGUGAACACAGGGGCAGGAACAUCCAUCGGGACUCAGAUCAGCAUUGGAAAUUCAUUGGGAAGAGCUGAUUUUUUACCUUUACACCCUAAAAUUUUCAUCUGCUCUGUCCAAUUGUUUCUUCUGGUGGCAUCAAGCAACCCUGGAUGAUCUUGGAGAUCUUCUGCUUCACAGUAAUUUCUGUGUUAAUCCUACUAAACAACCAAAAUUGGUGUAAAAAUAAAGAAAUUAAACAAAGAGA